AUGGCGAAAAAACAUUGUUAUCGUGAUAUAAUGGAUAUGAUUGGCGAUGGUAUGGAUUCAGAGUUGUCAGGGUUAUCCGAUGAUGAUGAUGAUGAUGAUAUUGAUGAAGAUGGUGUUUUUCCUCGUUCGGAACUAGAUAAAAUACUAAAAGAAAUUGAAGAAGCAGAAUUAAGUGUAUUUAAGCCAAUUGAAGAAUCUGAUGAUGAUCUUUUUAUUGAAGCCAAUGAACCAUCUAGUACAAAUUCUGUAUCACAACCAAGUACUACAUUAUUUUCUGAAGAAGACAAAUCUUUUAAUGAUGAAUUUACUCAACAGUUCAAGAGAUCACCUGCUCUACAGUUUACACCACGAUGCAUACCUAAUGAUCAAACGCCAACGGUAAAUCUACCAUUUGUACAAAAUACAGAUAUUCAAUGGACUAACAAACCAUUUAUGUCUAAACCUUUAAACGUUCAAGCAUUAGUUCCAGAAAUAUCAACAACUCAUCAAACUUUAUCUCCUAUAGAAUAUUUUAUGAAUUAUUUUCCUGAGGUAGAAUUUGAAAAUAUGGCAAAAUAUACUAAUCUGAAUGCUAAGGAAAAAUGUAUUGAAAAUUAUGUAGAUACUACACCAGGAGAAAUAAAAGUGUUUGUCGGAAUACACUUAAUUAUUGGUUGUUUUAAAAACCCUUGCUUUCAUUUGUAUUGGAAGGAUAACUUCAGAAUAAAUGGAAUUGCUGAUAAUAUGUCAUUAGAUCGUUUUCUUAUUUUAAGAUCAUGUUUUCAUGUCAUUGACAAUAACAACAUUCCGACUAAUAACGUAGAUACAUUUAUAACAAUUAGACCAUUAUAUAAUUCUUUUUUAAAUCAAUGUAAAAAAUUGCCAGUGGAAACUAAUUUAGCUGCUGGUAAACAAAAGAUUGUCUUUAAUGGAGAGCUAGAUGAAUUAUAUUACAAUAUGGAAGAUAAACCCUGUCCAUGGGGUAUUAAAACAUUUAUACUUUGCUCACAGAAUGGAAUAGUGUACAACAUGAUUUUAUAUCAGGAAAAUAUGAUUGAAUUGAAUCCUGAAAUACAAAACAAAUAUGGCCUAGGUGGUUCUGUUGUACUAAAAUUAGUAGAACAUUUAGAAAUGGAUAAACAUAUUUUAUUUUUUGACCAUUUUUUUGGAUCAUACAAUUUAUUUAUGUCACUUGAUUACUUAGGAAUUAAAGCAGCAGGGCUUGUUAACAUAAAUAGUUUUGCAAAACCCCCCAUAUUAAGUAAUAGAGAACUUAAAAAGUUAGGAAGAGGAGCUUCUUAUGAAGUAAGCUCAACCGAUGAAAAAAUUGGCGUCAUCAAAUGGUUUGAUAAGAAAACGAUAACUCUUGCUUCAAAUUUUAUAACUUCAGGGCAGUCAGAUAAAAUUGAACGUUACGACAGAAAAAAAAAAUCUUAUAUUGAAGUAAGUCGUCCAGAAAUUGUGAAAUUAUACAAUGAUACUAUAAGAGGUGUAUUUAUAAAUGAUCACCUAACUAGUAUUUAUAGGGUAUUUUUAAAAUCUCAAGAAUGGACCUUACAUAUGCUUUUUCACUUUUUUGACAUGGGUAUUUGCAAUUCUUGGUUGGAAUAUACAAACGAUGCUCAAGCUACUAAUUUACCAAAAAAAAAUACCAUGGACUUAUUUUCAUUUAAGCAAAAAUUAGCUGAAACACUUAUAACUGUAGGGAACGCUGAAAUUGCACCAAGGAAAUUUGAAAGUCCAAUAUUAUCCCCUAAACCUACUAUACAACCAAAAUAUGUAUCAACAAAUUGUGAAGAUGAUAGUUCAAACUCUCCUGAUGAACUACGCUAUGAUCAUAUAAAUCACUUACCUGAAUUUGAUGAUUUGAAAGAUGCAACCUUAUGUAAAAACGAGGGAUGUUCAAAGAAAUCUCAUACUACUUGCACAAAGUGCAAUGUACAUUUGUGUAUGACAAAAAAAAGGAAUUGUUUUUAUGAAUAUCACCAUCAAUAA